AUGGGCUGCCCGCGGAAAACUUAUGCAUAUUGGGGGGGCUCUGUAACAAGCACGUCUGGCACAACUCCCCUCUCCGCUGUUGUUGCCAUUACCGGGAGUUUUGUCAACAGCCCAGGACUGAUUGAAACUGGCAAGCCUUCGGCCACCAAAACUAUAAAAAAUCCCCCAAGUGCAACAGAUCAGGGUUCUCGAACAAGCUGUGUGGGAACCGGCAAGUUCAAGUUAAAUUUUGACGAUUUACCUGCGUACAGGCCUAAAAACCCUGCCAACGCCGAUUUCCCGCCAGUAUUCAGUCCAUAUCAUCAUCUUUCUUUUUCUAACGGAUGGUCGUACGGUCCCCCUCCGGCACAGCCGUUCCCACCAAUUUCUAAUCCGCAUGUUGGUAUUUUUAUCCCCAAAGGGCAAAAUACGACUGGAGGAGAAAUUGGGGCAGGGCUUCGUGUAGAUGAAGACGUCUUUUGGUUCAAUGUUUCCUCAGCCUAUUUCGGGUGCAAUAACGGAAAUAAAAACAACACGCCUUGCAUGCUUACGGCGACUGCAAGCAAGUAUUCAGCGGAGCAUGGAAUCGAAGUGCAAGAAGCGGCAACUUCAUUUAAGAUUCCGCCUUGUCCUGGGUUUCGGAAUUGCAAACUGACCAAAAUCGAAUUCGGCCCCGACUGGAAGGGAUUGUCCAGAGUCAAGCUCACUGCGACGGUGAGCGGCAAGCCGGCUAUUUGGUUAAUCGAUGAUAUCCAAAUGGGCUGGUACAAUAACACCUGCGCCGCUGGACUUCUACGAAGCCGUUCUCGGUAA